UCCAAGCAUGCUCUCAGCAUUUCGAAGCUCCACUCAAUUCGUCCAUGGAAUCCUUCAAUCCUAACAAACACCUGAAAGAACAAUUUGUGAGCAACUUAAUUGGUUCUUCCAAGCUUGAGAUAUUCUUCCUCAUCACAAAUUUCUCGAUUCUGAUACUUAUAAGACAUUGCAUUGGAUUCAGUUGGACCAAUUAUGGUUCUAGUAAGAAAGAUGAUAAUGCUUCUAACAGUUGCAAGAACUUGAAAGCCUACAUUGCGACUCUGAGUCUUGAUUUUCUCUGUAUUGCGAUUCCUUACGCCUUGUUCAUGACUUACAGAAAUGGAUCAUCACUCUUGCAGGAAAAUGGCAUUAACUCUAUUAGGGCCACCAUCUCCUCCUAUAGGGUUUCUAUGAUGCUUGGUACAUCCCUCUGUAUUUUGGCUGUUGAUUUCAAGAUAUUUCCCAGAAGAUAUGCAAAAACAGAGACAUAUGGUUCUAGCUUGGUUCAUGUUGGUGAAUAUGGUGUGCAUUGGAAUUUCUUUUUCACUCUCGCUGCUGUAGCUAUCCUCACUUCUGUUAUAAACGUUGAUUCAAAAUACAGUGGAGUUCUAGGUUCCUUCAUCCUCUUUGCCUAUCAAGCCUUGCUGUCAUGUGGGCUAAAUGAAUAUCUCCUUUCGGAAGAAAGGGGAACAGACAUCUUCAGCCAAAACAAGGAAGGAAUAUUCAGCAUAUUUGGGUAUUGGGGAAUGUACCUACUUGGUGUCGGAAUAGGAAGAUGGCUCUUCUUUGGAGACAAUUUAAAAACCAAGAAAUGGGCCACAACUAGAGUUUGGGCUCUUUGCUUCUUUUUCUGGGCAUUAACUUUGUUUCUAGAGUUGCAUAUUGAAAAAGUAUCUCGUCGAAUGUGCAACGUGGCGUAUGUUUCUCUUACUUUGGCUUGCAACCUUCAGAUGAUUUGCUUCAGGAACGGUAUAUAA